UCUGUUGUUCCCAUCGAAUUGCCGUUGCGCGCUGCUCGGGCAGCUGGGCGUCGGCUGUUCUCUCCAAUCACCUAGCGUCUCGAAGCUAGCAGCUGCUAUCGGUUGACCGCUUUCGUUUUGGGAAUCGUCAGACCGUUUGAGGUUUGAUAGGAGUUGAGACCAGAGAAGUGAUAUUUCGAGGAGGCAAUGGCAGAUCCAUGAGGAGCAUUCGAGCAGUUACUCUCAGAAACCGAAGGUGAAUUCGAGUUUCCCAAUCACAGUCCCCCGCGCAAGGCGUGAAAGGAAGCGAAUCUUUGAGCGUGACGCAUCGAGGCUGCGCCGUAGAGCCAUGGAACCGAUGCUAGCUCCUGAGCAAAGCCAGCGUGAAAAGCGCCGGGUUUCGCGGAGCAUGUUCCCUCCUCAUUUCGUGUUCGGAACCGCGACGGCUGCUUACCAGGUGGAGGGAGCAGCAACGGAGGGAGGCCGAGGGCCGAGCAUAUGGGACGAAUUUUCGCACACUCCAGGCAAGACACGGAAUGGUGACACGGGCGAUGUGGCUUGUGACCAGUACCACCGCUACCAGGAGGACAUCGCCCUGAUGGUCAGCAUGGGCGUGAAGGCGUACCGCUUCUCCAUCUCAUGGCCCCGCAUCAUGCCAACCGGUCGCCCCCCUGUGAACCCCGAGGGAGUGGCCUACUACUGUGCGCUCAUCCAAGCGCUGCUGGACAAUGGCAUCACGCCCUACGUCACUCUCUACCACUGGGACCUCCCUCUCGCCCUUGAGAAGGAGUUCGGCGGCUGGAGGAGCCCGGAAGUAGUGCCUUGCUUCCGCACCUACGCAGACACCUGCUUCGCACUCUUCGGCCGUUCUGCACCGCACUGGAUCACUCUGAACGAGCCGCUCUGCUUCACCCUGUGCGGGUACCAGUGGGGCAUCCAUGCGCCCGGGCGCUCGUCCAACCGCCUCAUCUCCCCUGGGGGGGGCGACUCCUGCAGAGAGCCGUACCUCGUCAUGCACCACCUGCUGCUCGCACAUGCUGCGGCUGUUGAUGCCUUUCGGCUAAGAUUUGGGUCCUGCAGUGAUAUGAGCAUAGGGCUGGCAGUGGAUGGGGAGUGGGCGGAGCCCCUCACCUCGUCGCCUCCUGACGUGGAAGCAGCUGAGAGGCGAAUGGUCUUCCAGCUCGCAUGGGUGCUGGACCCUCUGUUCUCAGGUCUCUACCCAGCGCUCAUGAGGCAGCGGGUGGGGGCGCGCCUGCCGUCAUUCACCGCAGAGCAGCAGCAGCAGCUGAGGGGGUCGCUGGACUUCGUGGGAGUCAACCACUACACCUCCAAGUUCGUCUCCUGCGCUGCUGCUGCUGCUGCUGCUGCUGCUGCCAGUGCUGGUGGUGGUGCUGCUGAUGGUGGUGCUGGUGUUGCCAACGCGGCAGAGUCAGGAGAGCCUUUAGAGCCACCAGUGGCAGAUUCAGCAGCAGCUGUUGCUGCAGGCGUGGUGCCUCUGCUACCGCACGAGUCCCCCGCACUUGCUUCAAGCGCGCAGGCGAGGGAAAUCGAAGGGAGUGUGGGUGCAGGGGCGUGCGGUGAGGAGGAAAGUGACCAUUUCAAGGACCAGGCUGUUGAGAUAGCAACAUCACGAAACGGCAUCCCGAUCGGAGAGCGGGCAGCCUCGGAGUGGCUCUAUAUUGUGCCCUGGGGCUUCACAAAGCUGCUCAACUGGAUCUCCGCGCGCUACAACCGCCCUCCCAUCCUAAUCACCGAAAACGGAAUGGAUGACGACGCAGAUGCACUACCACCGUUGGAUCUGGGUACACUUUCUCCUCAACCGCACGUGCUGGGUGCGCAAGGGGAGCGGGUUCAGUUGGGUGAGCAGCAGCAGCCCUUUGGCUCUGUGGCCCUGCCCGCUGCUCUGGACGACUGGAAGCGGGUCAACUACUACAACGACUACCUUGCUGCAGUUGCUGAUGCCAUCAGGGAUGGUGCGGAUGUGCGGGGCUAUUUCGCAUGGUCCCUGCUGGACAACUUCGAGUGGGCCAUGGGGUACUCGCGGCGCUUUGGCACGCACUACGUGGACUUUGCGCAUGGGGCUGACAGGCUGCCCAAGAGGUCCGCCCUCUGGUGGAGGCAUCUGCUGCGGUAGCUCACGGGGCGAGCGUUUGGGAAGAGCCUUAACUUUUUGGAGGCGUCUCCUGUAGCCGAAGAGGUAGCACCUGUUGCGAUAGGGUAGCUAGCUCGCAUGAUGAGGGGUUGGAAUAAGCCUGAACUGACUAGACUAUCGUUAUCCCCCGGAUAUAGGUGCAUCCCUUUAUUUGGCCCAUUGCGCUUAUGGAGUGCAAGUGCGCUUAUAUUCAUUACUUCACUAUAUGCGCACCCAUAUUUUUGAAAAUGUAUUUCUUACAGGCACAUUAUAUUUUUGUAAAAACGGGGGAUUUAUAUAUCG